UAAUGCCUGUUCUGAGGAAGAGCAGCCUCCAGAAUAGCAAAGAUUCAUCAGAAAACUACUGAGAGGAACUCUUGUCCACGCUAAGAACUGGAAAAACAGAUGUCAUAUUAGACUGCCUACUACAAAACGUCUCCAUGUGGCUUCAGCUUACUCUGCUUGUGUGUUUGAAAGAUGCAUAUCUGUAGAGCUAUUUUAGAAAUAGAAUGCCAUCUGGAAAUAUGACUAUUCUGCAAAAAAAAAAAAAGACUACUUAUGAAGACUUUAAGCCAACACCACAUAUCUUAUCAGCUUGUUUUCCUGUUAUGCACACUAGAUAAAGCUCUGUUGAUGUUUUAUUCAGCUACAAACUGUGAACUCAGAAAGUGACAUAGUACAGAUUUCAGAGUUAAGGCAUUAGGGCUAAAACCUGCUGAAAUGAAUCUGUCUGUGUCAGGCACUGGUCUGGACUUAAUUCUACUUCUCAGAAAUUGCCAUGCGUCUAAAUACCUGACUAUGGACUCCUGAUGAGAAUCUUGAUAACUAUACAAAAAGAAGUCAAGCAUCACAAGGUCUCUUUCUAUCAAGAUGUCAGAGAUAGCAGAUAAAAGCAACACUAUGGAUGGUCUUGAUUGUGCAUACUAUGUGAUAGAAUCUGUUAUUGCUGUUGUGUCCAUUCUCGGCAACACCGUUGUAGUCUUUGCUAUCAAGCAGAACCCAGCUCUGCGGGAUACGACAUUCUGUUUCAUCGUUUCUCUUGCAAUGGCUGAUAUUGCUGUUGGAGCACUAGUUAUUCCCCUGGCUAUUACCAUUAAUGUGGGAUUAGAAACCCAGUUCUACACCUGUCUCUUCAUAGCUUGUGUUCUGCUAAUCCUUACCCAGAGUUCUGUGCUGUCACUGCUGGCAAUUGCCAUAGACAGGUAUCUAAGAGUAAAGAUACCUAUCAGCUCCUCAUUAUGUUUAGAAGAAGAUGGUCUUUGA